AUGCGCAUCGUGGCCUUCGCAAAGUCCCUGGCCGCCGAUGCCAGGUCGGAGGAGGAGGCACCAGCGGCUGCUGGAACCAGCGAAGCGGCGGACGCGGCGGACGCGGCCACCGCGGCCAAGGCGGAGGCUCCCAGCACGGCCAACGUCAAGCUGACGGCGGACAAGGAGCUUCCAAAGGGCCUGCGGCAGCGGAAGAAGAAGGAAUCCGAGGAGGAGAAGGAGGCCCGCAACAAGGCGCUGCUCUCCGGAGAGGCCCCGGCAGCUGCCGCCGCGAGCGAGGAGGGCCCAGUGGCCGCCAAUGGCCAGCUGAAGCCAAAGCCGGUUCCAGAAGGCCUAUGGGCUGCGGUAUCCUGGUCCCACAAGGAGCAGGUGAAAGCCCGCCAGGCAGCUGCCAGCGCUAUGCAGUUCGACCUGCUGCUGAUCCUAACGAAGCCUGUGAUUCCGCUCAUUAUGCUGGUGGCGUUGGGACAGGUGUGGAACGGCCUUUUCUCCUCCAUCGUGAUCGGGCAUGCGCUGCGUAAAUGGGUGCCGCAGAUGAGUUAUGAGGCCCACCACCUGCUGUGCGCGCUCUUCGGGGCGAUGCACACCUUGCUGGGGGUCUCCGCUUCCAAGCUGGAGGACUAUGCCCAGCGCGAGGGCAGCAAGAUGCUCCAUUUGACCUGGGCCUGGUCCUUCAAGGACGUGCUCUCGGUGAUGCACAUGGGCCAGCUCGGCGCUGCGGUGACGGCCAUGUCUGCGCUGGGCAACGAGCCGUCCUAUGCUGCUUCCUUCGCGUCUGGCAUCGCUCUGCGUAUCGCUGUUGGCCAGGACUUCUUCCAAGGCCUUGGCUUCGUGCGCUCCGGGGCGGACUACUUCCAGGUUGCACUGAAGGACCUUGGCAUUUCUUUGGAUGCCGCUGAGGAGGUGGUUGCCUACAGUGGAGGUGGCAUCGGAGACUGUGGAGGCGGACCUUUCCGAAUGCUCAUCGGCGAUGAAACGCUGGCGUCCAUUGCCGCUACCACGCUGAAGGCCUGGCUGCUGCUGCUGCCAGCCCUCUCCACAGCUCAGUGGUUUCAGCGCACCAUCCAAGCGCAACGCAUGCUGGGGUCCGCCCACCCCCCCUCGCGGACGGGUGGCUAUGAAGGUUAA